GAAAAUAAUUUAAGAGAGAAAUGUGUUGAGCCGAUUAAUCCGUCCAUGUGAGCCGAGAUGGAUAAUCUGGAGGAGUUCGUGGAAGAUCCAGUGUGUCGUAUCUGCAACCUUGUCUCAGGGUUGGAGAAAGAUCAAUUAUUUGAAACCAAUGAUAUUCAAGCUCAUUUCUUCUGCCUUCUUUUCAGUUCAGGUUUGGGACAGAAAGGAAAAGAAAAUGAUGGGAUCAAAGGUUUUCUGGCGUCUGAUAUCCGUAAGGAGAUAAAGCGCGGUGCGCGCUUGAAAUGCGUCCACUGCAAGAAGAAGGGUGCUACAGUGGGGUGCGCAGAGCCCAAGUGUAAGAAAAGUUAUCAUCUACCCUGUGGAAGUAAUAAUGAUUCUCUUCAGCAGUACUUUGAUCAGUUUAAAUCCUUCUGUAAGGAGCAUAGGCCUGUACAGAAGGUUUCUAGGACGGGAGGGAAGAAAUCAGACAAGAAAGAUAAUAUUUGUAGUAUAUGCCAAGAGAAGAUUUUAAGAAAGGCCACCAUGAAAACUAUCUGGAGUCCAUGUUGUGAAGAAUUCCUGCACAGAACUUGUAUACAAGGGCAUGCUUACAGUGCUGGUUCUUAUGUUUUUAGGUGUCCGACCUGUAAUAACAAGGAUGAGUUCUGUGUUGAGAUGAAGAGGAUGGGAGUAUAUUUACCUGAGCAGGAUGCAAGCUGGGAGAACGGGACUAACUUUCAGGAUAUUGAUGAGAAUUCCGUUAAAAUCUGUCACGCAAAGAUCUGUUUCUGUUCUCAACCCGAGGGUAGAACCUAUCACAAGGAGCAUGGUCUCUGGGAUAUUCUACUCUGUAAAUCCUGCGGAUCCAAGGGAAUACAUGCUAAAUGUGGAGGAUUAGAGGAUUUUCCUGAUGCUGUUUGGGAUUGUUACAUUUGCAGGAAGGUUUUGAAGGAAGAUAAACCUAAGUUUAUAGAGCACACGGAUAAACUGUGGAGUAGGGAUGCAGAGAAGGAUAAAACUCCGAGCACUGUUCACAACCCAAACCGUCUUUUCGAGGCCCUACUUGCAACAUUGCCGCAUUUACAGUCCUUGGAGGAACCCCUAGCUUGGAGUUCGGAUGAGGAAAAGAAAAAUCUGCAGUUAACCAUAACACCGGUGUUCAAACCAGUUCAAGAACCUCAAUCAACUUCCUCCUUUCAACCUUCCUAUCCUCAGCAGCCUCUAGAGAUUUUCGCUAGUCCUUCCGUCUCCUCCCAACCUCAUCCUCGCCCUGCUCAACAAGUUGUCAGUAUCAGUGUGGUAGACAAGACGACUAAUGGCGCUACUAAACCUUUCAAACUACCCGGAGAGAACGGAACCAAACGUUCAACCAAGAUUAUAGAAGUUGGAAAAUCAAAGAAUAUCAAAGAACUGUUCGAUUACAGUCUGGAAGAUAUAAUACGAACCAGACUUUCUGAAACUGUGGAUUCCGAGGGAAGUAUAACUUCUGUGCCGAGCCAGGUGUCCGUAAACGGGUUCAGGACCGGAGAAGGGUUCGGUAAAGUGAACUGUAUCUCCUCCUGCAAGGACGGUUUCCAGAGUAAACAAACUCCGAUGUUUCGUUAUGUCUCCGGGGACCCAGGACCUCAGCGUAAAAUGACAGAUUACUUUCUCAAUAGGAAGCACUAGUCAAGGAGGAAGGAGUUAAUGGAAGCAACUGCUUUUCAUGUGAUGUAACACUGAUCUUUCUAUCCCUCUCAAGUUAAAUGAAUCCAUACAAUGCCUUCUACCCCGCCGAAUCCUAAUGAAAACCAUAGAAAAAAGUAUUUCUAUUUUUCUUAGAAACUCUAUUUUUCGGGAUCAGUGAAAUCACGUGAAAUGUGUUUUUUUUAGCUACUGGGAGUUUCAAAUAGUAUGAUUUUAAGAAAAGGUUAACAACUGCAUGAUAUGCUUGAAAUAAAUAGAAUAUUGUGA